GAGGCCGAACGGCGACUGUGCCUUCCCUGCAGGUGUUCACCGAGGCAGCGCAAUGCAGUGGAAAGAUCAUGAGUUCUGGGGUCAGACGGGCCUGGGUUUCAAUCCCAGCUCGGGCAUCUCAACACCUUGGGCAAGUCACAUUACCUCUCUGCUUCAUCCUCGGUUUCCUCAUCUGUGAAAUGGGCAUAAAGAAGCCUCCUAACUUUACCGUGGAGGGGACUAAGUACGAUACCAGAGGCAAAGCCCCCGGCACGUGGCAGAGCCCCGUUAAAAGUGGGGGCUUCUCGCCAUGGGGAAAGGGAAGAGGUAGGAGACGAUGCAGGGUCGGUGCCGGCAGGAGUGGGCGACAGACGGGGACGCCGGCGCUGGGAGGAAGGGGGCGAGGGGCGCCGUGCCAGCCUCCGCGCCCCUCGUGGUGCCAGAACCCGGCGGGCAGCGAGCCGGGCUCUGAGGAGGAUACUCCGGGCCCUCGCCUGCAGGCGGCUCCGGGAGGGCCAGGUCUUCCGGCACCGCCCCGGCCUCCCGCCCUCCCUCAUCCCCUCACUUACCGGCCCAGCCGGGCCCUUCAGCACCGCCGGCUCAGCCACGGACGGCCUCCUGGGCGUCCUUGGAAACUCCUUCCGGCCGGAACCACUUCCGGCCAGGCUGCACCCUCAUUGGCUGUUCGCGCGGGGGCAGGACGGAGGCCGCGGGUGAUUGGUUGGAGGCCCCGGCACCAGCGGAACGCGACUGGGCUGCGGUGUGCCGGCGGGACUGCCUCCGGGAGGACCGAGCGCUUCCGGUGCGUGUGGUAGUUUGUCCUCCAACGAUAGCAAGAAACUGUGUCUUCAAUGGCCUCAUUGGUGGCUUAUGAUGACUCAGAGUCAGAGGCUGAGACUGAGCCUGCGGAAAGUUUUAAUGCUGCCGGCCAGGUGAAGGACACCUCUGAUGUGGUCAAACCUCGUGGGCAGGAUUUUGCAUCAGAAGCCCCAGGUGUGACAGAAGGGGCAGCACUGCCCACAAAGCACGGUUCUCAUGAAGACCCAGCUGGCCAUCGUCUCCCCCUGGUUCGGCUCUGGAGAAGUGACCCAGGAUCUUGCCCCAGCCAGAGGCUACGGUGGCCCAGAACAGAGCCUGAAGCCACCUUCCCCACAGGCAAGCCUCCUCGACCUUCCCUGUGGACCAGCCACGUGCCAGCUGGCCAUGUGCCCCUGGCAGCUGCCCGCUUUAAGCAGGUGAAACUCUCCUGGGGAACUUACGACUCCCCCGAGCCAUCGUCCUGUGCCCAAACCAAAUCUGAAACCCCAGGUAAAAAUGGCAACUCUCUUCAGAGGAAAAGGUGUGAGGACUGUGUCGUGCCCUACACCCCCAAAAGAUUAAGACAGUCGCAGGCAUUAAGCACAGAAACAGGCGAGAGUAAAGAGACGGAGACACAGGGUCCCUCUGUGGGGCGUGCCCCGGCCCCUCUCUGUGUGGCCCCCAGAGUGUCCGAGUUUAUUGAGCCAUACUUGGACAGUCCGUAUCGAGAAACCACGAUUCCCAGGAAAGUGCUUUUCCACCUCAGAAGCCACAGGGGCCCCGUCAACAGCAUUCAGUGGUGUCCAGUCUUCGCCAAGAGUCACAUGCUUCUCUCAGCUUCCAUGGAUAAAACCUUCAAGGUGUGGAAUGCUGUGGACUCAGGCCGCUGCCUGCAGACCUACUGCCUGCACAGUGAGGCGGUGCGGGCCGCCCGGUGGUCUCCCUGUGGCCGGCGCAUCCUCAGCGGGGGCUUCGACUUCGCCCUACACCUCACGGACCUUGAAACAGGAACCCAGCUCUUCAGCGGUCAGAGUGACUUUAGAAUCACUACUUUGAAAUUUCACCCGAAAGACCACAGCCUUUUUGUGUGUGGAGGCUUCAACCCCGAAGUCAAAGCUUGGGAUAUAAGGACCGGCAAGGUGGUGAGAAGCUACAAGGCAACCAUCCAGCAGACCUUGGACAUCCUCUUCCUCCAGGAAGGCUCUGAGUUUCUGAGCAGCACGGACGCUUCGAGCCGGGACUCUGCUGACCGCACCAUUAUUGCCUGGGAUUUCCGGAGCUCUGCCAAAAUCUCCAACCAGAUUUUCCACGAGAGAUACACCUGCCCCAGCCUCGCCUCGCAUCCGCGGGAGCCCGUGUUCCUGGCACAGACCAACGGCAACUACCUGGCCCUCUUUUCCGCCGUGUGGCCCUACCGGAUGAGCAGAAGGCGGCGCUACGAAGGGCACAAGGUAGAAGGCUACUCAGUGGGCUGCGAGUGCUCCCCAGACGGUGACCUGCUGGUGACGGGCAGUGCCGACGGCCGAGUCCUGCUGUACAGCUUCCGUACUGCCAGCCGGGCGCGCACGCUGCAAGGGCACGCGCAGGCCUGCGUCGGGACCACCUUCCACCCUGUGCUGCCCUCUGUCCUCGCCACCUGCUCCUGGGAGGGCGACAUUAAGAUCUGGCACUGAGCCUCCUGGAGCAGAGCCUUCUGGAUACCGGCCAGGCCCCAGGCUCCCAUUCGUCCCCGGGGCGGGGGGUGGGGUGGUGUGAGUAACCAGUGAGGUCACCUCUGUGAUCGGAGCUGGGUAGAAGGGGCCUCCACCCCCCUCUGAGCCUCAGUUUCCUCAUCUGUAAGAUGGGGACAGAGAUCUGUUUGCCUCAGGGUUGUGAGAACUGCAUUAGGUGAAAGCACCUGGCGGGUGGCUGCUGAUGCUCAAUAAACAUGAGUGGUUUGCUGUU